AUGCGUAGUGUUUUUUGGCAGCUGUGUAUUGCAAGUGUGCUGGUUGCCGAAUGUGCAGCCAGCCGCGAGGACGGGCUAAAGAAUAUUAAGCACAUUGUGUUGUUUAUGCAGGAGAACCGCUCGUUUGACCAUUACUUUGGCACGAUGGCUGGUGUGCGUGGGUUCCAAGAUCCCAAUGUGCAUGUGUCGAAGAACUCGAAAAAGAAUGUAUUCCACCAGCCCGUGAACCACUCUGCGAAAGAGGAGCCGGCGCCGAAAGGAGUUGUGGAGCUGCUGCCGUGGCAUUUGAACUACCAGGGCGGCGACUGGAAUGAAAAGACGCAAUGCAUGCUUGCCGGAACCAAUGAUUGGCGUGAGAACCAUGCGGCUUGGAACGAGGGCGAGAUCGAUCAGUGGGUCGUUGCAAACACGCCGUACAGCAUUGGCUACUUCCGCCGCGAAGACUUGCCGAUCCAGUACAGCCUUGCCGGCAACUUUACCGUGGGCGACUCCUACUAUGAGUCUAUUAUCUCGUCCACGGACCCAAAUCGUGUCUCGUGGUUUUCUGGUACAAUCAAUGUGAAUGGCAGCGUCACGGGCGGAAACGGCCACAGAAUGGGUGGGCCCGUCAUUGACAACAAUGUGGAUCCCAAGUGUCUUACCGCAGACGAUGGCAGCCCUUUCUCGUGCCGACCUUUGCGCUGGAAGACAGUGCCCGAGUACCUGUACGAGUCAAGCAUCUCCUUCCAGGUGUAUCAAGAUUUUGACAACUUUGGCGAUGACACGCUGGUCGAGUGGGCUCAGUAUCAAGAGGCUGCCAAGCACAAGGAGCAGCUCGCCAAGCAAGCGGUUUCAUUCCCUGGCCUUGACAAGUUCUACGAGGAUGCAUACAAUGGAAACCUUCCCGAGGUUUCGUACAUUGUCGCGCCCCAGGAUCUUUCCGAGCACCCGCCCUACAUGCCCAAAGACGGUGCCUGGCUCCAGCGCAAAGUUGCCGAGGCGGUUAUGCAUGGGAAGGACUGGGACAGCACCGCGCUCAUUGUUUCGUACGAUGAGACUGGCGGAUGGGCGGACCAUGUCAUUUCCCCUCUCCCGCCCAAAGAUGCACAGGGCGAGUGGAUUAUUGAUCCGUACGACAAGAGCAAGGGCUGGGUACCCACUGGGCCGGGCUUCCGUUUACCUUUCUAUGUUAUUUCGCCCUGGACGCGUAACGGCGGUGUAUUUACCGAGCAUUGCUCGCACGAAAGCCAAAUCCUGUUCCUCGAGAAGUGGGCCAAAGCCGUGGGCAAGCCGUUCCACACCAAGGACAUGAACCCGUGGCGCCGCGAGCAUAUGAGCGACCUGGUCAAGGUCUUUGACUUUUCUUCGCACGACACCAGCACGCUUGAGCUGGAAUCUGUGCCCAAGGCGUCGCAGGACCCCAUCACGAAACAAUACAACGGUGCCUCUGUGUGCCAGGCACGCUUUUUGUGGGACGUACAGCCCAAGGUGCCAUACGGGGAGCAAGACGAGCACGAGGCGCUUCGUGUCGAGCCUGGAUACAAGCCUACGCGUGGCGACUUGAGCGAGGGGCGCUACCUUACGAUGGAGGCGGAUGGCUUCGCGCUCAGUCACAAAGACAAUCGUUUGGGGACCGGUCGUGCACACCACAACCACAAUGGCGAGCAUUACCGAUUCGUGUUGCACUGGAAGGGCACCGAUCCCAAGGAUAACCGGUUCCUCAUCGCCACCGACAGCGAGCACCCCAUGUAUAUUACAAAGGGCUUGAAGCUUUCCAAGAAAGCCCACAAAGGCGCUUUGUUUGCCAUUCAUGAUAAAGGCAAUGGCGAGGGCUACACGGUCACUGAGGUCGGCACGUCGAAGCAAAUGUCCAUUACCAAGGACGGCUCGGUCGCGCAUGCCAAUUAUGCUACGUUUAUUAUUUAUAGUGUGACCCAAUAG